AUGGCUGCCAAAACUACUAUCAAAGUUCCCCACCUUGGAGGCAUCGAUGCUGGUUAUCGAGUCUCCGGCGACGGAAUCGACGCUUCAAAGCCCACACUCGUCCUCGUCAACUCCAUGUGCACCACUUCCUCACUCUUCGAGUCUCAGUUCGGUGCAAAGGAUCUCACAGAUGCUGUUAACCUACUUGCCAUCGAGCCUCUUGGCCACGGCGCCACCAGCGUCAAGUCGGAACAUUUCACCUACUGGGACUCGGCUAUUAUGAACCUGCAGGUCAUGGAGGCUCUUGGCGUUGACAAGGCUUUUACUCUAGGAACCAGCGCCGGUGGCUGGAUUGUCGUUCGCAUGGCUAUUCUUGCCCCUGAAAAGAUUCUCGGCGUACUGCCUCUUGGCACCUCAAUGGAUUACGAGUCUGCCGACUCUCGUGAAAAGGGCUGCUGGGAUCCCAAGACUCAGCUCGGCCCCUUCUUCGAGAGCUGGAGCAGCCCAACUCCCACUCCUGACUUUGUCGUCCCAGAAGUCUGGCGCGGUCUUGUUUCGUCUGUAGGCUUCGGCACCGACCCAUCCCCUGAGCUGCUCUCCUUCUGGGACGAGACGCUCAAGCAAGUGUACAGCGGAGACGAGGGCCGCAAGAAACUCCGCAUUGCCGUGGUUAACCUAUUCGAGCGAGACGGUCUCUUGCUUCGCUUGCGGGAUGUCAAGUGUCCCGUUUACUGGCUUCAGGGCACUGCGGAUCCGGUCUUUGGCACGACUGUUCCCACUGAGCAUAUUAAACUCUUUACGUCCAGCCCUGAAGCUACGCUCGACUUUGUUGAGGGAGGUGGUCACUACCUGAGCGCUACUAACCCCAAGGAGAUCAACGAGGCCAUCCUCAAGAUGAUUAAGAAGUAUGCUUAA